AACGUUGGCGCCGGGAAUCUAGAAACUUCCAUGGCAGUUACCCGGCUCAUCGCACCCGCGCCCCCCUCCGCGCCCCCGCUCUGUAGCGGCGUCUGUGACCUUCCUGAAGGAGUGUGUCCCCGAGGCGGGAAGUGUCCAGGCCUGUGGGUCGUCGGGAGGGGGGAGAGAGAGAAUUUCUUUUUGUUGGGUGGAUGGGAGUGGUAGUGGUAGUGGUAUUGCUAUUUUUCGGGACUUUAUAGGGGCCUGAGGGGAUGUUGUAAAGGUUUUAAGCUUUGGAGGAAGGUGAACUGGGGGGAUGGCCUGACACUGGGGGCAGAAAGUCCUGAGGCCUGUGCCCUGGUCUGUGGGGACAGAUAUAUUUAAAGAGUCCUGACUCUUUUGGGGUUUGUGAGGGCCUGAACAUUAGCCUCAUACCUCUUCGGAGGUAAGAACCGUGUGUGUCCUAAGGAAGGGGGAGCUGGUGGUGGUGCGGUCUGUAGGAAUGCAGCCACUGUCAAGCCCGUGGAGGAUAGUUGAUGACUGUGGUGGAGCUUUUACAAUGGGUGCCAUUGGUGGUGGAAUAUUUCAGUCAAUUAAAGGCUUCAGGAAUGCUCCAGUUGGAAUGAGUCACAGGCUUCGUGGAAGUUUGACUGCAGUUAAGACCAGAGCUCCACAAUUAGGAGGAAGCUUUGCUAUAUGGGGUGGGCUGUUUUCCAUGAUUGACUGUGGCUUAGUAAAGGUCAGAGGUAAAGAAGAUCCGUGGAACUCCAUAACCAGUGGAGCCUUAACAGGAGCAAUAUUAGCUGCACGAAAUGGUCCAGUGGCAAUGGUGGGAUCAGCUGCUAUGGGAGGUAUACUUCUUGCCUUGAUUGAAGGGGCUGGAAUAAUGCUCACACGAUUUGCUUCAACACAAUUUCCAACAGGUCCACAGUUUGUAGAUGACCCAACUCAGCUACAGACUCCAUCAUUUGGUGAAUAUCGACAAUAUCAGUGACAAAUCCAUUGCAGUACUUCUAGCUUUGUGGAUGCUGAGAAGAUAUGUUAACAAAUAAGUCACUCCAGACAUCUGUGAAGAGCACACCAUCUUACAUGUAGUCACGUUACAAUUUAUUUUAAGGUGGCUGAUCUGAGUUAUUGCAGGACUGGUGUGAUUGGAAAAGGCCAUUGUGGAAAGUUUGAGAAUGUAUAAAAUAAUUUUCUGCCAAUGGCCUUGAAAUAUAUGUAUAUAUGGUAUAUCCCAUAUUUUACUUUGAUAUGAAGGUCCUUAUCAGCAAUUGUUAUGUAGUCCAAGAUUAUCUUUAUGCCUGAGUUUUAUAGAAAUCUCUGGUCAAUGUAUAUGUAAACUAUGGUAAAAUCUAUUGACAUUUGCCCUUUGUCAUUUCAUAUUCAGCAAAUAUAAUCAGAACAGCCAGUUCCUUCCAAAGUACUUUUCAAACAGAUUUGAAUGGACACAAGUCACAAAACAUUGAGGGAAAAGAUGUUGCAUCUCAUGACAUUAAAAACUUAAGGCCGAAUCAUCGUUCAUUGUUUUAAUUUAUUUAAUACUUUGGGCACUUGUCUUAUGAAACUUUUGUGCCAAAUGUAUUUUGCUAGAUAUCUUAAUUGGAUGUAUUAGGCUAAUUUAGUGAUAAUUACUUGACCUGCAUUAUUUAUCGUUCAACUUGAUGCACUUGGGCUAGAGAAAAAUUACUUUUAUAGUAAGAAGAAAAAGUUUGGAAUUUGGGCACUUAUUUUAAAAAAAACCCUUUUUAUGACCUAACAUAAUUGGGUUUUCAAUUUAAUGUGUCAUUUAUCACUUUCACACUGCCCUUCAAUACUUUGAACUGAGUUGUACAUCAAGCAACUUGUCACUUGAUUGUACCUAACCAAAUUUCCAUUGAGUUAAUAAUUGUGGCACAAAGAAGAAUACCAGUGUGUUUAGAACAUUUGUUUAAAAUAUUCUGAAAGUAUAUCCUCAAUAAAUAUAAAAUUUAAAUUUU